UAAAUUCCACGCUAACUUCAGAAAAUUCACAGCCCAACCCAAUAAAUUCCACUCAAAUUGAAGAAGGCAAGCAGACCCAGCAGAGAAAAAAUAUUAUUUGUUUUACAAAUUAAACAGCAAAAAGAAAACAAUAAUUUGAAAAUGUCUUGGCAGACUUAUGUAGACGAUCACUUGAUGUGUGAUAUGGAGGGGAAUCGUCUCACAUCUGCUGCCAUUAUUGGCCAUGAUGGUACAGUUUGGGCUCAAAGUGAUAAUUUCCCUCAGUUUAAACCAGAUGAAAUUGAAGCAAUGAUGGGAGAUUUUAAUGAACCAGGUAAACUUGCUCCUACAGGGCUAUAUCUUGGUGGAACAAAGUAUAUGGUGAUUCAAGGGGAGCCAGGAGCCGUUAUAAGAGGAAAGAAGGGUCCCGGUGGUGUUACCGUCAAGAAGACCAACCAAGCAUUGCUCAUUGGAAUUUACGACGAGCCUAUGACUCCUGGUCAAUGCAACAUGGUUGUUGAGAGGCUUGGAGAUUAUCUCAUUGAACAGGGUCUGUAGUAAUGUCCACGCAAUGGCGACGGUUUCUCACGCAUAAUGUAUUUCUGCCCUUUGAAAAUCAAACCUAUUUCUCUUUCCUGAGGGAUUCUUGAAUUGCUGUUAUGCUGAAAUAUUGCAUGGAAUGUAGUAGCAUUCGUAACUAUCUUAUUUAUCUAAUUUCUUAUCGGUCCAAUUAUUGGUUGCUGAUAUGGCAAACUAAA